AAAGACUCAGGAAUUGAGGCAUUAAUGCAUUAUAUCCCAGGUACCAUCUCUUUUUCUGGAGCCUGAUUGACGAGUGAUUCUCCGCGGAACGAAUAAUGUAUGAACGGUACAUGUGGCAGUAAUAUCCAGAGAAAAAGAAAGUUGGUAUAAUACUUUUAUGGGAUACUUUGGACACACUCCACUUGUGAGUCUCGUAGCAUCGAGGUGAAAAGGAGUCCUAAAAAAGAAAAAAGAAUUGAUGCCUCAUCUUGCUUUCCUUCCAAAUCUCGACAUAUAUAAAGUGCUUCGCUCCUGUUCAUCUCACCAGAGUAUCAUGGCUGCCACUGCUGUGUCCUCAUCCAGCACCCUGUGGGCCACAGCCUCAAAAGACUGGGUAAUACAACCAAAACCUAAACCUGGGCGUAAGCCCAAGAAUGAAGUCGUGAUUGAAACAGUUGAAGAUGCAGACGGCAAAGGUCGACGCGUACAGAACAGGGCUGCUCAACGCGCGUUUCGCGAACGCAAGCAAUCCCAACUUGCCGAGCUACAAGCUCGUAUUCAACUAUACGAACAAGGUGAAAUAGAACGCAAUGUUGCUCUUCAAAAUAUCGCCAAACGACUAAAAGAGGAGAAUGAAGCCUUGCGUCGAGAAAACGCUCAACUUAAAGAAAGGCUCGACACUGCGGAACGAGAGCUUCGUACCAUUGAUAAGAGGCACUGGCGUGAUGAUUCGCCUACUUCCUCCAUCGGAUCCGGUGCUUCGACGAGAAAACGUCAAAGAAUAGAUGACAGAGUCCAAGACGACGCACUCCUUUCUCACCUGACUACCACUUUUUCCUCAGCGUCGCCUCCUUCGAUGGCGUCGUCACCAGGCUCUAACGAUACAUCCGAUACUCCGUUCUCUCCUAUACCGUUAGACCACCACCACCUCACAGCGGCCCAUUCAUCUAUCUUGAACCUAUCGACUACAGACAAGUACGAUAGUUACGCUGACCACUCAGUGUUCAUGUCCUGCGGGUUCUGUAGCGAACAUCUGCCCUGUGUGUGUCGAGACGCAUUCCCGUCCUCGACUGAUAUGGUACCCAAAAGUGAAAUAUUUGAAAAUACGGCACCAGGUAUCAUUAGGAUUGGGUCCCCUGUACCGCAUGGUACUCCCUCCAUCUUGGAUGAGCUUCCAGCGUUCCAGCCUGCAGUUCCUCUUCGUCGCCGCCAGGCUGCAGCCUCUGUACCUGUGAAGCCUGUCGUCCUUGUCCCAGCGCCUACGUGCUCUGGAGAUCCAAGCAAUUGUUUAGCUUGUGCCGACGACAGCUUCGGUAAAGCAUUCUGUGAUGCCUUAGGCAAUAUCAAUCCAGCCGAAGUGAGCCUUGGCUCUCACGAGUUAAUCGAUCAGCAACCAGAAGGGGAAAGCAUCUCUACCAGUGAUGCAUGGAAGCAACUCAAGUCGCAUCCUAAUGUCGCAUUCUCUGAUUUAGCGCUUCUAGCGGACGUUGUUGCUCGCAGGUCGAAAUGCACUGGCCCACGAGUUGUCAUAUCACCAGCUCCUGGUAGCAUCACGCCUGAGCGUAUAGCUUCGCCAGACCCCCUUGUGAAUUCCCCCGAGAAAUCAAAUGAUUCUGAAGCAGUCGUCCUCACUGAUCCUCACGCCCUUUUCCGCAAGCAAGAGAAGGCUAGAUCUUCACCCCCUCGCCUUGUGCCGCAAGAGAUUCUCAUGCAGUGUGGACAGGAAAGACUGCGUCAGGUUCAGGCGGCAGGGGUCCGAGAGGCUUUGCGUCUUCUAGAUGCAAAAUAUGCCACUCUGUAGUACCUGACUUCGACACCUAUAGUAUUGUGUUCAUUUUA